UUGUGAUCUUAUCCCGUCCGAUUACCGCUCAGUGUGCUCAAGGAUGUUGACGCUUAAGUAUCUUUCCAUUCGACCGUACUUUGAAACGCCCCAGGAAGCUGCCGAAUGGGAUAAGCUCCAAAAAAUGAUUGCAACUGUUAAACAAUUUCACGACGACUUUGAUCGAAUCGUCCUCCACAAGGAUGUAUACCGGACAUUCUUUUACUACUACCUGCAAGAGAUUCGCUACCGCAUCAUACAGAUUUUGCUUAACUUUGCCAAAAUAGAGUGGUGUGAACCAAAGCCAGCUACCGUCGCUACUGAUCCGUACGGGUUCCCGAUGCCUGAACCGCCCAAGAAGAGCAAAAAAAAGAAGAAGGAAGACGAACCGGAAGAGAUACCGGACUACACGAUCCGGAUUAAGAACUACAAGGAGAAGUUUCCACUGGUGUGCUGUGACGAUCAGUUUCGAACAUUGGCGGCACUGCGGUUGCAUUACUAUGCGGUACACGACAAGGCGUAUUUGAUGGUAGCCAACACGUGUGAGAUGAAAGCGGCUCUGCUACGAAUGGUAGUGUUUCGCAGGAUACUGGACGAAUGGAUUGCAUCGGGCUUAGCGUCGAACAAUGGACUGUGUUUUCAUUUGACGAAAAUUCUCCGCCGAAUCAUAUCUAUCAUACGGUACUAG